AUGUCUAAUACUUCUUUAAAUGAGCUUCUACAAAAGACAAUUAAGGACUUACAUACACUUCAUUUAUACCCAAUAGCACAUUCUGCUUCGGAGUACGAAACUCUUCUUGAAGAAACAAUACAGAGGAUACUUCAAUUACUAAAUUAUCAUGAUAAACUUUAUUACGAAUUAAAUUUGAAUGUUUCACCAAGCUGUCCUGACAUAGGGUCGUUAUCAUUGUUAUACUAUCUUAAUAAGUCCUCACCUCACGACUCAGAGCGAAUAACAAAUUUGAAUAUUUUCUCUGUUAUCCAGUCGUACCAGAAUCAAGGAAUAUAUAACAAAUCUACAAGAUCUUUUGUUCUCAAGCAAUUGAUUGAAAUCCUUUCGGUUAAUGAUUCCAUUUCAGAUGAGAAGAAGCCAAAAAGAAUAAAAGAAUCCUUCUCCACAAUAUUGGUACGAUUUUCUGAACUAUUGGAUUUCUUUAUUAGACUUCAUUCUAAAUCGGAGGAGAGGUUGGUUUAUUAUAUUAAUCAAUGCUUUAACUAUGAAUUAAAUCUUUAUUCUAAUUUGCAGGAUAAAUUAGAUUCUGGAUUGAGUUUAGAUGACCACGAUACAGAAAAAAUGGUUUCCUUGUUAGAUGACUUUAUUGGAAAUAAGAACUACGAAGAGAAAGAACAAGACGAAAAUAAAGAAUUGACAGAUACGUCCAUCUUUAGUUACGAAUCAAACAAAUUUGCUUCUGCUGUAGGUAUAGCUGAAUCACCAUUGAAUUUCAAAUGUAAUGAUCAAAACUUUUCCAAUUUGUACCAGUUGUUCCUUCAAGUAUCAUCUUUUAAGAGAUUUCAAGGGAAAUCGAAAUAUUCAUUUAAUGAUUAUUCUAAAUAUAUAAGAAUAAUGAUUAACUUGUAUAAAAAAUCAACCAACAUAGAUACAAUAGAGAUCAACGAUUUCGAAUACAAAGAAAUGAAAUUCAAUACUUUCUACAAUUUUUUUUUAAGUGAUCAGUCUAGUCAAGGGCCAAUAUUACCUACUAAAUUUGAAGAAAUCAACAAACGAGUAAUAAUGAAAAUAGUGAUGUUUCCAGAACUGUAUUACGAAAAUAAAUUUAAAUUGCAUAAUGAGGUAAGUGGGGGAAUGAGUAAUUACUUAAAUCAGCCAGCAAAUGAUGAAAUUCAUUUGAGUUAUGACAGACUGAAAGAUCUGGACCCCGAUUUCUUUACUGGUGUGGUUGGGAGUAAAAUCGAGAAAGCAGAUCAAAUUCAUACACAACUUAAGUCUACCGAUCACUCAUAUACGAAGGAAGAUCAGUUGAUUUUAAUAAAUAAUUUAAGGCAUAUUAUUCCCCUAUUAAAUGAGUUCAAUUUUGAUUUUAAUAUUAAUUUUCCAUCCAUUUUGAAAUACUACUUGCAUUUGCUUUAUCAAGAAUUCCCGGAAAUAAGUAAUCAGGAAGAUGUGCAUUUUGUCGAAAGUAUUGUUGCUUUGGUUGAUACUAUUACUGAUUACGAGAAUGAAGAUGUUACCCUGGAAGAAUAUAACAUAAGAGAUACUGUACUUCAAUUCUAUCAAUUGCAUACCUAUUUGAACAAGGAAGUAAUAUCGGAUGAAGAACCUCCUCGUACCAUGUUGAUGAAAUUAUCAAUAUGUGAAUAUUACUCGAAUUUCAAACUAAGAUAUGACAUCUUUCAUAGAUGGAACUAUAAGACUCUCGCGAUUAGCCAGCUCGAAUAUAAUUUAAGUUAUGAGUGGCUGCCGAAGAAUAAUAAUUAUCUAAAGAAGAAAAUUUUAAAAAGGUGGUUUAGCAAAAAGCUUAAGCUUGACAAAUUGGAAUCAGCGACAACGAACUUUUAUGAAAAAGAUAUUUUGUGUAAGACCUUCAGAGAUGUUUGGCUAUCACGCUCAAUAAAAUACAAAGAACUCAAUAACAAAGGAAGCUGUCGAUAUGAAGCAAAGAUGUUUAACUUGUGGUAUCGCAAGUUGAAUUAUACCCAAACAUUGCAAAUUAAGGCAAUGAACUUCAAUAAAAUACACCUUUUGAAGGUCUAUUUUAAAUAUAUUUAUACUAAAUUUCAAAGAAAUGAAGAUUUAUACCUGAUAGCCCUUGAUAAUUAUGAGAUGUUAAUUCAUAAAGAUAAUUCAAGUUUGAAAAGAUUGAUUAUAAAUACAUGGUAUUCUAAAAUGAAUUUAAAGAUUGAACCCAAUUUCAUUAACAGGAAUCAAGAGUAUGAACUGCCAACAAUUACUCAGUUAAAUGUUGCAACUAGUUUAGCUCCUCCUUCAACCUUAAGUGAAAAGUUGCGUAGAUUGGGAAAUGUCGAAAAAUAUGUUAUAUUCUCGAAGUAUUUCAAAAUUUUAAAGCAUGCAAAAAACAUGCAACACAUCUAUAAUCAGACUCGAAUAAAAAACAAUAAGAUAUUUCUUGAAUUCUUUUUCUCUGAGCAAUGGUUGAAGAAGACAAAAUUGCAAACUAAAGCCAAAUAUAUUAUUCAAGAAAAACACAUCAUGAUAAAAUCCAAUGCAUUUCUUCAUUGGAAAGAAUACAAAAAUCUUAAUAACAUUGCUGAUAAGUUUAAUAGAAGUAGCAUGUUGAAGAAGAGUUUGAGAAAAUGGAAAUUAGAAUCUACAAUGACCUCGUUCAGUUUUAACAGCCAUGAUCGAAGGUCUUUAAAGGAAACUCCAAAUUCUAGCAAGUUAAGGUAUUAUUUUAAUAAGUGGUUGUUAUCUUAUCAACAGAAAUACCUUCAAUAUAAGUCAGAACUGAAACUAAAACUAGAAGCUUUUAAAACAAUUAGCAAUAAGUUCAAGGUAAAUAAUGACAAUGUAUCUCAAGCUAUUCAAUGUGACAUAUAUAACACCAAUUACAGAAUUUUAAUUAAAUGGAUCUUCAAGUACAGAAAAAAUGAGCUGAUGAAUACCGUAUCAGAUUUAAACUUCCAAAGAAAAUACUUAAAUAAAAUAAUUGGGAAGCAUCAUUUAUAUACAAAAGAUUUUGCGUCCAUUAUCGGAGAAUUCGGUCGUGAUGAUAUUUCAGGUAAAAACAGACCUAAUUUUAAUGAUCGUUUAACUUGUUUAGUUGCAAUACGUACUUGGCAACGUCGCUAUGAUUCUAGGUUUCAAAUAUCUGCAAACUCUAAGAUCAAGUUUUUCAACAACACUGUUAUAAGUCCAAACCGUAUUUCUAAAUACUUAUUUUUAUGGGUCAACAAAUACAAUGAGAGAGAAACAAUAGCUUCAUAUUUGGAUGCUGAGUGCGAUAGAUUCGUUAGAACAUCCUCCUUAAAGAGGGUAUUUUUUAACAAAUGGGGAUCAGCUACACAAGGAAAGUUAAAUUUAACUCUUCGUGCGGAAGAGUUUGAAACAAGGCUUCUAAGCAAAAAGUUUUUGGUUAUAUGGUACGACCAAUUCCUUCAUGUCAAUCGAUAUUUAAAUGAAUUAAGUGAUGAAUUUAUAAGCCAAAAAGAAAUCCGCAAGUUUAGAGAAACUUUAAGUCAUUGGUCGAUGAAAUACAUCAAGAAUGUUGAAAGACAUCAUCAAAGUUGUGUAUUAUUUGUGAAAAGAUGGCAAAAUGUAAAGUCAAGAUCUAUCUUAGAAUUGUGGAUAUAUAAAUUGAGAGAACGGCAAAACGAGAACCAAAUGAGCAAUAGCUCUCUCGUCGAUAAAGAAAGCAGUUUGAUCAAUAAUCAGUCACCGUUAGCAAAAAAGUCAUUAACGAGAAAUACCACUAAUGCUAACAAUAAUGAUGAUUUGAAUACCAGCUACUUGUAUACUCCAUUAAAACCGCGGACUGAUGGUGUCCCUUUAACGCCUCAUUAUUCUAAUGGCACGGUUGGAGGCAGUCCUACAAAAUUGCAAGAGACAACGUUAAGACUUAAACAUGAACGGAUAGAUGCAUUGCGAAAACAUUUUGGUAAAGCUAAAGCUACAUCCACGCCAAGGAAAGAGCACAAGAUUUCAAGCCACAAUACUCCAUCAUUGAUUAACCGCAACAAUUCAAGAUUUAUACGACUUUCACCUCCUAAAUAUAAUACCUAUAAGCCUAUUUUACCACCAAAGCCUCCCAAUUUUAGUAUAGCAGAAGUGCCAUUGCUUGAUCAGCUUUCGCCUAAUCAAGAUAAAUCUAGUCUGUCAAAAAUUCUGAGUGCUAUUACUAACGAUAAUGAAAAGUCUAUAAUUGAAACAGCCAAAAGAAUGCGGCGCAUAACCCCCAUUUUUGUUCCAAUUGAUGAUGACAUUGAUGAACCAAGAUUUUCUCCAGUGAAGAAGUUGAAAGAAAAAUUAAAGAACAAUUUAAUUGAAAUUUCACCAACUAAGGAUACAGGUAGGGUUUGA